UGUUUGCGACGACCUUUUCAAAGCAUAUCCACCUACAUCUCAAUUGGACUUUCCUGAUAACUUCUAUUACCAACCAAUCAAUCCCCCAAGCACUAUCUCAUCAUGGCACGCACAAGAGCAGCAAACAACACCACAGUCACCAAGCCUUCGCUCAUGUCGCGUCUGAAGGGCAACAACCGUACCGUCACAACUUCAACCAAACACUCGACCAACCCUAUCACUGGAAGCCAUACAACCACAACUACCAAGAAGGAAGUCGGCGCUCCUCACAGCACCAGCCAUCACACCGGCCCUACAACUGCUAGCACUGGAAGAACGGUUGGAUCCAGCACAAGACACACGACAGGUCACCAUACCUCUACCCACCACACCACCGGUCACCAUACCACAGGCACAACGACCGGCAGAACUGCCAGAGUGCAGAAGCGCAAGCCGAGUAUGGGCGACAAAAUCAGCGGUGCAAUGAUGAACCUGCGAGGCAGUGUUACAGGCAAGCCCGGUGUCAAGGUAAGUGUCGACAGACGCAGGCACAUCUAAUAAUGUAACAUUGCUGACAAGUAUUGCAGGCCGCCGGAACAAGAAGAAUGCAUGGCACUGAUGGCAAGGGCGAGCACCAUGAGACGACUUGCAUGAGAUUUGUACGAAUAGUUUUAGUUGAGCAAAUGCAGAAAGAGCAUCAAACCUUCACUCAAACACGGACGAAACGCGAGACAAGUCGGAUGUUGCAGGACGCGGACGAGUGUAGGACCUAGGUGCGCGAGGCGUGUCUAGGGUCGUGUUGCUGCGGAGAGUUCGGGCUGGCCGGGAAAGAAGUGGACUCUCACUUCAGGUUGCUGCAGGGAAAUGCUGGGGGACUUUGGAGAUUCAGCUGGAUUAGGCAGACCCUUCGAAGUUCGAUCUCUCGCUCAAUAGAUAGCCAAGCAGUCUUGC